AUGCACGGCAGACUCGACAACUUUUUCGCAGAGAGACCCUACCUUCCUCACCUGAGAUCUCAUGACAACAGUCUGACUCAGGAUGCUAAGCCCACCGGAGCUCCCUUUGCCCCUCCCAUGGAUUUGUACGACAACGAAAAGCAGUACCUGAUUCAUCUUUCUCUUCCCGGAGUGUUUCCCGACGAUUUGGAGGUUGAGACUGAUGCUGAUCUGAGACUCAUUACCGUCAAGGGAGUGUUCCGAAACCCCUACGAGGACAUGAACGAGAAUCUCAGAAUCAACGAGCGACGAAGCGGCGCCUUCGAACGACAGAUCAAGUUCCCCAAGGGCACUGUUGUUGAGGAAGACAACAUCUCUGCCAAGCUGACUAAUGGUGUUUUGGAGAUUAGUCUCAAAAAGGUGGAGGGUAAAGAGAGAGAGGUCAGACGGAUUAAGGUGGAGUGCUGCUAA